AUGCGGACAACAAACGCCAGACGGGGCCGUUUGAGCUUCCGGCCCUUUUACACCACGGUUCUGCUGUUGUCUCUGCUGGCCGCGUACUCUUUCUUGGCACACACAUACACUCAACGUCAUCAUGGCGAUCGCGACGACAGCCUGGAGCUGUUCAGACGAUCCGACGAAGAGCCUGAGUGCCGUCAAGUGCACACGGCCAAAGAUCAGUGCGCGUUUGUAAAAGCAUAUUGCAUCGACGAAGAUGCCGGGCUUCUUCCCUAUCUCGAACUCUAUUACUGCAGACUGGGCAAAGCGCAGCCCUUUGCCUUUGUCCUUCUGGUGACAUGGCUGGGGCUUUUGUUUACUACUAUUGGUAUCGCGGCGAGCGACUUCUUCAGCGUCAAUCUCAGUACCAUCGCAACCAUUCUGGGCCUCAGCGAGAGUCUUGCAGGUGUCACGUUCCUCGCCUUUGGAAAUGGCUCUCCCGAUGUCUUCAGCACCUUUGCAGCCAUGAGCUCCAACAGCGCGAGCAUGGCCGUCGGCGAACUCAUCGGCGCUGCUAGCUUCAUCACAGGCGUGGUGGCCGGAUCCAUGGCGCUGGUCAGGGAGUUCAGGGUGGAUCGUCGGACAUAUGCCAGGGACAUCUGCUUCUUUAUUGUUGCGGUUGCCUUUACCAUGGGCUUCUUGGCCGAUGGAGAACUGCGAUUCUGGGAGUGUUGCGCCAUGAUUGGAUAUUACAUGCUCUAUGUCGUGACAGUUGUGGGAUGUCAUUGGUAUAUCACGAGGCGAAAGCGGAGGUUGCGCAGAGAAGGGGAGGCCCGUAGUCACUUCUAUGGGCUGACUGGCCACAGCGGAGAUGAGCUGGCUGGCGAGCCCUACCGAGACGAUCCCGACGAUACGAGCCAAGAAGCAAGCCGACAUGCGCCAAGCACUGUUGCAGAGAGUAUCCUCUCUGCUUUAGAGCGCGGCCCUAUUAUAGAGGUUGACGGCCAGAGUGUUGAGACGCCAGGGAGCGUUGGCAGCGAAGAAACGGAUGAAGACCAUGAAAGAAUGGUCGUGGCAGAGGUAACGCGAAGCAUGCGAGUCUUGCGCCCCCAAGGCGGGCGGAGGAACACACUUACACCCAUUCGACCGAGUUUGAUUGGAGCACUGGAGUUUAGAUCUGCCUUGGCACACUUGCAGCGGGAGAGCAACCUUCAGCUCUCUCCAAUCCCAGCUAGGAGCUAUUCUGAAAACCACGUUUAUAGAGGGCGGAGGGGUAGCACGAGCGCCAUCUCUGACCUGCUACCUUCCGACCAAGCCGAUGUCUCAGCCCGUGAUGCUGCCGUCGCCAAUGGGAGGGAGAGGGCCAGGUCGCACGGAACUGCUCCAGCCUCAGCAUCUGUGCCUCAAGAUUUGUUAGGGGUCGUGCGAGAAAGGUCAGAUUCCAGUUUGCUGUCCCCCUCAGAUGGAGCUGCCAGCCAAAGGACGGCAAGCCCUGCACCGUCGUAUCAAAUUGGUGGAAAACUGGCACCUCCUCCAGUCGAUUUACCAGGGGCUGGUGGUCAUCACCGGCAGUCACCGCUUGUGCCCCGGCUUCAACUGCAGAUACCCAGCCAAGGUGGUAACUUGAGCAGUCCAACGUCGCCCGUGAUGCCUUUCCCUCAAUACACAGAUUCCCCUAUGCCGAUCUCGCCUAAUACGCAAGUCGAACCGGCUGGCUUUAGCAUGCUUCCACCACCCUCGGCCACUGUUCGUGAAAGCCCAUUUGCUGCGUUUGGCAGCGCCGAGACUGAAUCACGGCCGGUAAUAUGGUGGCCAUACUCGGUUCUUCCAGCGCCACAUGUUCUCCUUGCUACCCUGUUUCCAACGUUACAAGGGUGGAGAGAAAAGGCACUGUGGGACAAGGCCAUCAGCAUCAUAUCUGUACCGAGCAUCUUUUUAUUGGUAAUAACGCUACCGGUUGUUGAGUCAGAGACGACGACAGGAGAAGUCGAUUCUUUGGAUGAUGCCCAUACCUAUCGUUCAAGUCAUGUGGCUCCACCCAUUUCGAUCCAGCCGGGAGAAAUCGAACCUGAGAAUGAGUGGGAUCGGUUUCGGAGAUACUCGCUACAUCGUAGGAAUAGCGAUACUAUGACUUCGAGCAUUCAGACACCUCUCCUGGCGCUGCCAAACGAAGACACGUUGGUUAUAUCUCCCCAUACUCGAGGACCUGGCGCGCCCAAACCUUUGUCCGAAGUUCGGUCCAUCAGCCAAGGGAGCGAGGAAAAAUUGGGAUGGAACCGAUGGCUCGUCUGCCUCCAGCUCUUCAUGGGGCCGCUGUUUGCCGUCGUUAUUCUCUGGGCAAACAUCUCCGAAGACUGGGAGAAGCCAGGGGCCAUGUUGGUGCGCAUGAUUUUAUGGACGCUUUUGGGGUCGCUCAUACUGCUGGGGGCUUUGCUUCUGCUCACCUCGGAGCAGAAGCGACCCGAGUACCACUUUUUGUUUUGCUUCUUGGGAUUCAUCAUCAGCAUAGCUUGGAUUUCAACGGUGGCGGGCGAAGUUGUUGGUGUUUUGAAGACUUUUGGCGUGGUCCUCGGUAUUUCCGAGGCUUUACUUGGACUCACCAUUUUCGCAGCUGGCAACAGCGUGGGCGAUUUGGUGGCUGAUAUUACAGUGGCCCGACUUGGAUAUCCGGUCAUGGCAUUGUCUGCUUGCUUUGGUGGGCCAAUGCUCAAUAUUCUACUUGGAAUAGGCGUGGGAGGUGUCCUGAUGAUGGUUCAAGACGCAAAUCGCCACCAGCAUAAGCACCCAGGAGACGAUUACGCAUACAAACCGUACCGUAUCCAGAUAGGUGGGACGUUGAUGGUAUCGUCCAUUACACUUCUCGUGAUUCUGGUCGGCCUGCUCAUCGCUGUGCCUCUGAACAAGUGGAUUUUGAGCCGCAGAAUCGGCUGGGCACUGAUUGCGAUCUGGGUGGCUAGCACGGUGGCCAACGUAAUAGUCGAGGUUACAGGCGCAAUUGGGGAUAUUUCUUAG